AUGUCUAGAGCUUUCUCUCGUUUUGAUUCUAUCAAAUUCACUGUUGUUAGAGGUGAAAAACUAAUGGUUGGUGAUUCGAAUGGACUUAGUGACCCAUACGUUUUAAUUAUUGAUCAAUCAACAAAGCAAACUCUUCACAAAACGGUUGUCGAUAGAAAAACUUUAAAUCCAAGAUGGAAUUCAACAUUUUGGAAACGUUACACUGAAGAAACACCAAAGAAUCUCAAGUUAAAGAUUGAAGUUUAUGAUUGGGAUGAUGACAAGGAUGAUGAUUUCCUUGGUUGGUUUGAAAUUGAACUUGAUCCAAACGUAUUGAAUCCAGAUCAAACAUAUGAAUCUUCACAUCAAUUAGAAGAUGCUACAACUGGUAAAGUUUGGAUCAAUUACAAAUGGGAUACAUCAGAAAGAAAGCCAAGUGCCAAGACAUCAAGUACAGGAAUUGGGUCAGAUGGUUUCAAGGUCAUUACAGAAUUGAAUUCAAGUUGUUUCAUUCCUAAAGUUCCAAGCUCUUUUGUUCUUAUUGGAACAGAUGUUGAUUCAUUGAAUCAAGAUUACACAGUCACUUGUGUUGAUUCCACAAAUGGUAAUACUCUCCUCUUUACCUUUACAAAACUCAAAUCCAAAACAUUUGAGAAGGCAAAGGAAGAUCACUUAUUCAUCAUGUUAAAGAGUUUGAAAGAUAAAUAUCCAAACUUGAAGGCAUUGAAGAGUGAUGUUGCUGGAUCCACAUUUGGAGGAAAGGUCAACUCUUCAACCAAGAGUGUUUAUGAUGCUGGUAAUAAGACAGUUAUAACAUCAAUUUGUGCCAAUUUCAAGAACAAGGCAUUCAUCAAUUUGGCUUUAAUUUCAAAAGGAGAAGAUUUGGCUGCCAUGUUAGACGAUGUAAUGAUCAAGACAACUUUGUUAGCUCUUUAA